UCACGAAGAGGAGGAGUCGAGGCCCCACACGAUGCCAUCAAGUUUGGAACAUGCGUGAAGGGAACGCAUUUUUAUUACCACCAACAAUCUAGGGCAGCCCGUUAAUGAAAAUGUUAGCAAGCUGACAAACUUUUUGGGGACAAUAGCACGUAAUGGGGAUUACGCAGCCCUUACAUAUUCUAAUUGGAGGGUAGUACCAAACGAGAAGAAGGAUGAUAUGUACGAACUUGUCAUGUCCAAGUUUCAGUUUGACAAAGAGAUUAAAUCUUGGGUGUUGAUGUCGAUUGGAAAAAAAUGGAGGGACUGGAAGUGCGAACUGAAGAAAUUCCACUACUCGCCUCAUGAUAAUGAUGAGGCAUGGCUAGCAGACCUCAAUGAGCGUGUCCAUAUAGAUCAGUGGAAGGCCCUCAUUGAGUUUUGGAACUCUGAAGAGGGAAAGGCCCGUAAUAAGAUAAAUACGGAAAAUCGGAGAAAACAACGCAUUGGCCACGCUGCAGGCACGAAGAGCUUUGCGCGAAUACAUGAAGAAGAGAGAAAUAAGAGGGCUAAUGGGGAGGAUUUGACCCGAGUAGAUAUGUUCUUAUUGACUCAUAGACGCAAGAAUGGGAUGCCUGUGGAUGAGGCCUCAGCAAGAGCAAUGGAACAAUUAAAUGAACGAACUUUGCAGCAGCCAGAGGCUUCACAUAACAGCACUGCGAGGAAAGAUAUAUUCUCGUUAGGUCCCUCUCCUUCUGAUAUAUGGGGCACAACAUCCCACAGUGUCCAGUCCCAAGGGAUGACCUCCGAUGCUCAGAAGAUAGAUGAACAAUAUGAGGAAUUGCAUGCUGAAAUAUCUUCCCUAAGAGAAACUAUGGCUGAUAGAGAUGCUCAAAUAUCUUCACUAAGAGAAACUAUGGCUGAUAGAGAUGUUCAAAUAUCUUCACUGAGAGAAACUAUGACAACAUUGAUGGCUGCCAUAAUGAAUCCAAGCAUUAAUCUAGCUACAUUAUUAGGUGUUUCAGCUAAUCCCAACUUGAACCAACCCUCCUCAUCAUCAAGCCACUUGGUUCCAACCCCUCAGAGAGACUUGGCGAAUAAGGGGAAUUCUACAAGCUGCACUAAUGUGACUCAAGUUCUUCUUAAGAGUAUUGUAAGGCAUGGGGAUACUGUAGCUAAAGGAACCAUUUUGAGCACGGAUCCAUUAACAAAAGUAGGGGGUGGCAAUGGUACGUGA